ACGUAGUGAUGGAAAGGGCCGUAUAAGCGUAAAAUCCGGACUCCCCAUUUGUGAUUCCCAAUACUAUUAUGGUCUUUUCCUUUUCCUACACAAAUCGCCGCCUCUCAACGAUUUUCUCAUGUAAUUUUUACGCUUGUCAGUUGGGCACAAUCUGGAAGAUAAAUGGCAGAAUAUAAUACAACCUGGGCGCUUUCAUCACAUUUGCACAGUAUAUAAUCAAGUUUUGAAAGGAAUCGGUAACAUCAAAACAAUCUUUAACCAUGCUUGUUUGUUAACAUUCUGAUCAUAGUACGCGCAUGGAACAUAUUUCAGUAAUCUGGCUACCCCUUUUCUGUACCAGUGAGCUGUUGAUCAAAUUUGCAGGGAGAGGAAGAUUAAAGGCAUAACCACAAUAAUCUAGGAAUUGUACGUGAGAUGUUAUGUGGAGCUGUAGAAAUUAAGAAUCUAAGGCCUUGAUUGUACAAGGCAUUUUUUUAUAGCAAAAAUGGCGGCGAUGAGUAUACAUAACCGUGUGCAAGCAUUUCCCAUUUCAAAUCAAAAUUCCCAAUUCGAUGAAGUCGAGUUUGAUCUGCAAAUUUAUUUCAAUCAAAUUGAACAAUCAAUGACAUGGGAAGGUGAAUUGGAUUCUCCUACGCUAUCAACUAUACAUGAACUUAGCUGUGGAGAUCCAGAAAGACGGUUUGCAGCGCUGAUUCGGCUCCCAAAAGUGUACAAUUUUAAGGAUGAAGACAUCAACGUACAGAUUGUACCUAUUUUGGUUAAUAAUCUCAGAAGAUCAGAUUGGCCCCAGCUUCAAAUUCAUGCAGCUCGCAUAUUAAGGUAUUUGGGUAAGAAAAACAUAUUCAGUUUGACUUCAACUGGGGCAGCCCCUGAGUUUGUGAAUCUUUUGGGAUCUCCCAAUGAAGAUGUGCAGCAGCAGGCAAUUUGGGCAUUACACAAUCUUGUAGAAAUGCAAGUGAAGAUCUCAGAUGGUGUCUCUCUCAAUGAAAUGUUGUUCUUGUAUCUAAAAAUUUACUUCCACCAUCGCCCUAAAGUUCAGUUUACCCUGUUCCGGGAUGCCCUGUUUCUAAUGGUAAAAAUUUCACAGUGCGAACCCAUUGACAAGACAAUUGAUUUUCUCAGACGCUUGAAGCCUCUUCUUGAAAAGGAGGAAGAUGAGGAAAUGCUGAAAGAGGUUUGCAAGGCUGUUUUGCAGUACUCCGGAGGAGUGGACGAGCGCAAAGAGGCCAUUGAGCAAACUGGAAUUUACCCAAAACUUGUGAAACUUCUCUUCCAUUCUUCGUUGGAUGUUCUGCAACCUGUGAUAAAAACAAUUGCAAACCUUGCACGGGUUGGAAUUUAUGAUGACAUUCUAAGCAACAAAGUCCUUUCCCGAAUCUUGGUAAUCUUGAGUACAGACACAAUGAAAGAACUCCAUAUCCAAAUUUGUCAGAUAAUCUCCCGUAUCACAGAAGGCACACAGGAUGAAAUUGACCUUCUAAUUAGGGCAGAUCUUUUUCAUCCGCUUGUGGGAUUCCUCUGCACAAAAGGGCAAAGCUAUGUAAAGGAAGAAGCAGCUUAUGCUAUCUGUACUGCAAUUCGUGAAGGGAGGGAAGAACAGGUGAAGUAUUUUGUAGAUCUUGGUUGUCUAGAGAUUUUGGGUGAUCUUCUUACACCAAAGGACGCUCUGCUUACAAGGGCUUGCCUUAAUAGCAUUGAGACCAUGUUGAAGGUAGCAGUUGGCAGCCAUAAAUACACAAAUCUUUUCCAAAGUGCCAGAAUAAGGACCAGAAUUUAUGAGCUAAGUGAAUUCCACAGUUCUUGGGAUUCUUACCAUGAAGAAAUCUACAAGCAAGGAAAGAGGAUUCGUAGUACUUAUCUUGAACCUUGGCCAGAUUCAGAUUCAGGUGACAAUACAAAGAAAUCUCGUAGUGCUCAUCUUGAAUCUUGGCCAGAUUCAGGUGACAGUACGAAGAAAUCUCGUAGUGCUCAUCUUGAACCUUGGCCAAAGAGAUCUCUUGAACUUUGGCCAGAUUCAAGUGACAGUACAAAGAAAUCGAACAUUCUUGUUUGUGAAGAUUGGUCAGAUUCAGAUGACAAUACAAAGAAAGCGUACAAACUUGAUAUUGAAGAUUGGGAAUAUUCUUCUUCAGAGUGUGAAGAUAAUUUUGAAUAUUGAGGACAUUUUGGAUUCCCAUGGAAUUUAGAGUUUGAAAUCGACCGUGUAUAGUGCAAUUUCUUGUAAUGCACAAGUUUAAUGCUGUGGAAAAGUCUUAAUUGAAGUUCAGUCGGAUAUGUAAGUUGUGUGCUCUUCUUUUUCAUUCAAGAUUGUAUUGAUGGUGAUAGUAGAAUGUACUCAUGUUUCAAAUGUUACUCCAAUAAGAGUUUUUAUAUAUAGAAUAUGACAUUAAUCAAUAAGAAUGUGUUAUUGAGUUCAGUUCAA